AUGCCUUUCCUGUCAAUAGGCAGCAAGAAUUUUCAACAGAAUAUUCGAGCCUAUAACAACUGUUUAUCUUUCACAUCUCUUGGUGCCGAAGUCAAUCACACAGUUGACGGACCCGACGGGGUGCGAUGUUUCAAAAUCCAGGGUGCAUUAUAUCACGACAUGGGUCUUAUGUUACCAAGGCCCGGAAGUGACCCAGCCUUUGCACAAAUUUACGUGCUGAGUAAUCAGCUCGAGAACGAGGCUGCACACCAAAAGUCCAUGUCUCGGUCGAAGGACCUCGAAGAGGAUAUCAUCGCCAAAAUUCAAGAAUUCAUGUAUGAUUACAACCCUUACGCAAGGCAAUUCAAAAUGGCAGAGCAAAUACUUCAAGAAUCACCAACGAAAUCGAUCUCUCUGAAAUUGAAAUCUAUUCCGCCGACCGCGGCCGGCGCUGAAGGUCACGAUCUACGUACCUAUUGUCGGCCUACAACUGAAGAGGUAGCUAUGAUUGUCGCCGGUGGUGGCGACGUUGGCGAGAGAGAUCGCGACCUUAUACUUCAUAGUGAAAAUGGCACCUGGGAAAGAGUCUCUGAGCGGCACACAGGUUAUCUGCCUUUACGUUAUCCGGUGCUGUUCCCCUGGGGACAGGUUGGCUACGACGAGUACUACCGAGUACCUACGCCGAAUAGUGAGUUGAAUAAUGCAAUUGUUUUUACACGCUGCUGA